AGCAAUAGGUUGUGGAGAUGGUAGCAGAAGAAUUGGGUACAGCUGGCAAUAUAGGAGAGGCGGUAUCUAUACCGAGGAGACAGCGGUUUGAGAAGAAAGGAUUUUAGAGCAGCAUAUUUGCAAAUAACCUAUUUUAUGUUGUAUAUUAUGUAUUUUUUAUGUUUUUAGUUUUGUUUGCUUUUUUUUUUUUUUUUUUUUUUUCAGAUGCAAGAUCCCACACCAAGAAAUAUCAACUGCAUCUCCAAGAUAACUAAAUUAUUCUGCUAAACAACCACCGCGGAAUUUAUUUGAAUUGAUGUUUUCCCUCAAAUCACAGUGGCUCUGCGAGAUACGGGAUUUUCCUCCACCGUUCCAGCCAGGAUUUGUUUCAGGAGCCGUCAAUACUUGUCUGGAAGAAACGAACAGCAAUGACUGGAUUUCCUUAGCAACUGAGAAAGGAUUCUGACUCUUUUUAUUUUGUAUUCGUUCAGUUCAUUCAAUUCACUAACAUAUGAGGGAAAUUGAAAGCAGCUCUCAGCUAAUAUGAAGAUGAAACUGAAAAAGAACACGAGUAUUUCUCACGGCAGUUUCCGCCUUUCCUGCUUUCUUUCUUUUUUGUAGCAGCAAAUCUGGAUUUUGAUUGAUAUUGUUUUUUAAUGCAUCACAUAGCUUUUUAUGUGGAAUAAAGAAGUCUGUGAUAAAAGAAAAGAUGCAGAUUCCUUUGCUUCACUUCAUGAAAAUACAGGCAAAAUUACCGAACUGCCAUAAGAAGUUGCGAACGAGUUCCAGUCGUCAUGUAAUUGUUACACAUCUCGGCUUUCUAUUUUCAAUAUUAAAAAAAUAAAUAAAAAAACAAACCGUAGUCUGUUCUAUAGGGAACAAGCACACAUUUGGAGUAAACCUUCCUUAGCAUCUAUAACUGUGCCAGUAGAAAUCUGAGGGAUACCUGCACCUUUUCGGGAAAUUUCAUUUGCAGGUAAUUAUGUAGGCAGCCUCCAGGCAGUAGGAUUGUGCGAUCGACCAGGAAACCAGGGGGACACCUUUAAAAAUGCUCUUGUUACAGCCACUGUCUACUCUGGAUAACUAUAAGCACUGAUAUCAGGGUUAUGUAAAACAUAAAAUGGCAAACAUUUGCAGUGGAGAUUUAUAAAUAUUUAUAUUCACACAUUCUGUUUCAAGGCGGAUUGCUUGCUUGAUAUUUGUAUUUAUUUAUUUAUUACUUGAAUUCUUCUUAAUUGGGGUCCAGUGUGAUAUCGGAAGGGUUAGGGCUGAUGCCAUGGAUUUGUAAGCUUUGCUGCAAGAGCUCUUAAAAUGUUGAGUUCUCGCUGUGCUGCCGGGGCUCCCGUUCGGAUCAGCGAGGCUCACGGCAAGAGAAAUGGACCCCUCGGCUCCCCCCAGCGCCCCCGUUGCCUUUUGAAGGAUGUCCCUCAUCAGAGCACCUGCCCGGGACAGCACUGAGACCCCCGGCCAGAGAGAGAGAAUCCGCAGCCGCAUGAAAAUGGUGAUCGAUCAGCUGGAGGGGAUCCUCAGGGAGCUGAAGGAGGUGGCCAGGGAACUCCGAGAGGUGGUGGGGCAAAUAGACAAGCUGACGUCGGACUUUGAUUUCGAACUGGAGCCAGAUGACUGGACAGUGGCCACGGUGAGCAGCACGUCCAGCAGCGAGAGGGGGCUCGGAGACACGUUUGGACGGCUGGACUUCCUUACGUCAGAUGUGCUGUCUGACAGCUGGGAAUUCUGCAACUUCCUGGAGACCCCACCCCCGACAGCUGCGGAGAAGCCGGCUGCUGAGGCGAUGGUGAGCGCAGAGCAGGCAGCCUAUGCGCAGAUGAACGGCGGUAUUAUCCUGAAUGGGCCUUUGGUUGUCACACCAGAUUCUUCCAGCGAGGAGGCCUCCACUCACAGCCACAAGAACUCCUCCAGGACACCUGGGACCCGCGAGCGGGUGCGUUUCAGUGAUAAAAUCCUCUACCAUGCCCUCUGCUGUGAUGAUGACGAGGAAGAACCGGAGUGCGGACCCACGGCAGAGACUGACAGCGAGCACAGCCAGCCAGCAGCCUCACCACCGCCCUCCGCCACCCAGAUUCUCCUCAACUGUCACGCCCCUUCCUCCCCAGUUGGGGCAGCAGCUAAACAGGUUUCAAAUUCAGCCCCCCGGAAAAAACUACUGCGGAAUAGCAGUACGCAAACUGUGGCAGACAAGAGCACCCAAACAGUACUACCCUACAUCCCAGCCAAACAGAAAACGAAGGACUGAAAAGACAAACAACUUUAAUACAUUCAAUGACGUGGAUCCAUAGAUCA